AAACACCAACCCGGAAGCUGUUCUGGUAGUCCUGACUUGCCCUGGUACCUUGGCACCGCAGUACCCUGGAAAGAAAAUCUGUCACUUUUCUCCUUUUUUACCGAACUAACCCGAUUUGUUAGUCCCCUGAACCGUUCACGGUGCCACCCGGGAAACUACAAUGCUUUCACCGAGGUUCCUGCUCCUGCGGUCGACCGCGUCUUUGACCUCCAGGUCAUUUAGCGGGGGGGCCGUGCUGAAGCAGGGCAAGGCGCCCGACAUGGCUGAAGGAAACCCACUUUUGCACGUGUCUAAUGUGAGAAACAGGCUGAGAGAAAUCGUGGGAGCUUCCACAAACUGGAGCGACCACCAGCAGGCCAUGUCUGAGCGCCUGUCGCUCUCCGACAUGUUGGCCAAGUCUCAGGACGACCUCCCCCUCAAGAGGAUGAAGGACAGCAGGCUGGAGGUUCACCUGCCUCUGGGCUCAGAGCCACAGCUCAGGGAGAAAUACCUCACCUUCCACAACACUGUCAGGUUUGGUCGGAUCCUGGAGGAUUUGGACAGUUUAGCAGUCCUCAUCUCUUACUCUCACACCUACAAUCCGGCUCUGAAGAAAACCCCUCUGUCCAUCGUCACCGCCCUGGUGGAUAAGAUUGACAUGAGGCAGCACAUCAUCUACCCUGACUGCGACAUCAAGUUCAGCGGUCAUGUGACGUGGGUGGGAAAGACUUCUAUUGAAGCCAAGAUGCACAUGUCACAGUACCAAAAUGGAGCUUAUUCCCCGAUUCUGGAUGCAACUUUUGUCAUGGUGGCCCGCGAUCCAGAAAACAAGAGGGCAGCUUAUGUAAACCCGCUGAAGCCAGAAGGUCCAGAGGAAGAGAAACUUUUCCAGGAAGGAGAAGCGAAUAAAGUGCGCCGUGUGGAGCUGAGCACGGCCUCGCUGCUGAAGGUGGCGCCGACAGACGAAGAGAGGAAGAUCGUCCACGGUCUGUUCCUCAACACCCUCGACACAAAGACGGUCAGUUUCCGCAGCAGACUCCUGCCUCCGAACUCUGUGUGGAUGGAAGACGCAAAACUGAAAGGACUGGAGAUCUGCCAUCCUCAGGAGAGGAACAUCUUCAACAGGAUUUUUGGAGGUUUUCUGAUGAGGAAAGCGUACGAGUUGGGCUGGGCCAACGCCUGCUCCUUUGGAGGAUGUCGCCCCAGCCUGAUGGCGGUUGAUGACAUCCUCUUCCAGAAACCCGUGGAGAUCGGAUCACUGCUGCUGCUCUCAUCUCAGGUGUGUUACACACAGGGGAAUCACAUACAGGUGAGAGUUCACAGCGAGGUGUUCGACCCUCUGACCCGGCAGCACAACACCACCAACGUCUUCCACUUCACCUUCAUCUCCGACCGCGAAGUCCCCAACAUCAUUCCAAUGACAUACGGAGAGUCGAUGCUUUACCUGGACGGAAAGAGACACUUUAAUCAGACCGUGGAGCCUUGAAGGCAACAUGUCUGCCACCUGCCUGCCAAAGCUUUUCUGUGUGUGUGUGUGUGUGUGUGUGUGUGUGUGUGUGUGUGUGGUCAGUGGAGAAGAAUGAAUGCACUUCAUUUAGUAUACAUCCUUUUUACAUCACGUCUUGUUAUCUUUACACACCUUACAUGGAGAAAAUGUUUAAUUUCUGUUACUCUAUUUGUUCUGUUGGUUUAUAUUUUUGAUGAAAAGAAAACCUAUACUUUACAACACAGAUUUUUUAUAAAUGCAUUUAUAUUUUAUUUACUCUUAUUUAGAACUUCUGUUCGUUUGACAACCAGUCAGCGUAUACAUCUCUUAAACAGUCAAAUUAUCAAACGUUUACUUUCCAUGUCAUAACUCCUUGCAGUAUAUUGCUUUACAAUAUGUUACAUUUUAAUAUUCCACUGUCGCUCAUACGCACAAAACUUUUUGUCUUUCCUUUUUGUCUUUCCUUUUUUUAAGUUGAAUGAGAAUGAGCUUCAUUAUGAAUGUGUCAAACUUGCAAUAGCAAGUGGUUUAUUUACUCAAAUGCAAUAAAUGAAUUCGUAUUUAUCCCGACUUUA